AGCUGUGGCCGAAGGCUGCAAGGCAGGUAGCACACAAGCCACGAGCAUUGCCGGUUAUAUUCCAUAUUUUAUGGUUAAACAACGUUUAAUAACAUCCAACCGGUAGAACCUUCACGUAAGGUUUACAUUAUUAGCUAGCGAGUGCUCAUUCCUGCAUGGCCUUCCAACCUAACGACAAACGUUUAAGCCAGCUAGCUAGCUAGCUGGUAAAUAAAACAUAGGACGGUAAUAUCCUUGAUCGAGCUAGCCACUACGUGAGCAUUGUCUUGGACUCAAAUUUGGUUGCUUUCUUAUUUAUUUACAGAUUUCAAUUAGACUGUAAAUGAGUAUCUGGUCUUAUUGAGGAGACGGUGCAUGCGGUAUAGUAGCGUGCUGUGCACCGGGAGGUGGGGAGGUUUACCCGUGUCUCGCUAAUGUCCGGGAUGGACACCUGGACUCCAAAUCCCAGAGCGAAACCUUUCAUUCCCCGCCAGCAACGGAGCCUGUACCUCACCUGGAAAUACAAACUAACUAACAAGAGAGCCAUCCGUCGUUUCUGCCAGGCUGGAGCUGUUCUGUUUCUGCUGGUCACAGUAAUCGUCAAUAUUAAACUUAUUUUAGACACAAGGAGGGUAGCAAAUGAGGAGGAGGCAGCACAGGAGUACGACUGGAUUGAAGCAUAACAGUACCCUUUACAGAGGACGUCCUCCCCAACAUGGAGACCCCUCGGCGGCCUGCCAGCGGACGCAAGGCCCUGGACAUCGAGGUCUACUCCAGCCGCUCCAAGGUCUACGUGGCCGUGGACGGAACCACCGUCCUGGAGGAUGACAUGCGGGAGCAGGGCAGGGGCAUUCACGUCAUCGUCCUCAACCAGGCCACCGGACACGUGAUGGCCAAGAGGAUCUUCGACACGUACUCUCCUCACGAGGACGAAGCCAUGAUACUGUUCCUCAACAUGGUGACCAGAGGAAGGGUCCUCAUCUUCACCAUCAAGGAUGAGGGGACGUUCCACCUGAAAGAAGCAGCCAAGAACCUGCUGAAGGGACUCGGGAGUCAGGUGUCCCUCAACCUCAGCUGGAGAGACACCUGGACCCUGGUGGUGAAGAAAGGAGGUCAGGUGUAUGGUGAGAAGCAUUCCAAGUCUCCUGCUCUGUCCACGUGGGGAGACCCUGUGCUGCUGAAGACUGAGGUGCAGCUAACCGCCUCUGAAGAGGCAGAGUGUCACUGGGCCGACACAGACCGGAACCGACGGCGGAAGAUCUUCUGCAGUAAAGUAGAGGGUUACGGCAGCAUCUGCAGCUGUAAGGACCCGGCGCCCAUCCAGUUCAACCCUGACCCGCUGCCCGUCAAUAACGUGAUGAACGUCCCUGUGGCGGUCAUCGCAGGAAACAGACCCAACUACCUGUACAGGAUGCUGAGGUCUCUGCUGUCGGCUCAUGGCGUCAACCCUCAGAUGAUCACUGUCUUCAUCGAUGGAUAUUAUGAGGAGCCUAUGGACGUUGUGGAGCUGUUUGGGCUGAAGGGGAUCCAACACACUCCCAUCAGCAUCAAGAACGCCCGUGUGUCACAGCACUACAAAGCCAGCCUGACGGCCACCUUCAACCUGCACCCUGAUGCCAACUAUGCCAUAGUGCUGGAGGAAGAUCUAGAUGUGUCUAUUGACUUCUUCAGUUUUCUGAGUCAGACUGUGCAUCUGCUGGAUGAGGACGACAGCCUGUAUUGUGUGUCUGCCUGGAACGAUCAGGGCUACGAGCACACAGCAGAGGAUCCAGCUCUGCUGUACAGGGUGGAGAGCAUGCCCGGCCUGGGCUGGGUGCUCAAGAAGAGCCUCUACAAGGAUGAGCUGGAGCCCAAGUGGCCCACGCCGGAGAAGCUGUGGGACUGGGACAUGUGGAUGCGUAUGCCAGAGCAGAGGAAGGACAGGGAGUGUGUGAUUCCAGACGUGUCUCGCUCCUACCACUUCGGCAUCAUAGGACUCAACAUGAACGGAUACUUCCAUGAGGUCUACUUCAAGAAGCACAAGUUCAACACGGUUCCCAAGGUCCAGCUGAAGAACGUUGACGGUUUGAAGAAGGAAGCGUACGAGCUGGAGAUUCAGAACCUGUUCAAGGAGGCGGAGGUGCUGGACCACACCAAGGACCCGUGCGAGGACUCGUUCAUCCCGGACGGCGAGGGGCGGACCUACGUCAUGUACAUCAGGAUGGAGCAGGACACCGACAUCUCCACCUGGACGCAGCUCGCCAAGUGCCUUCACGUGUGGGACCUGGAUGUGCGGGGGUACCACAGCGGCCUGUGGCGGCUUUUCAGGAAGAGGAACCACGUUUUGGUGGUGGCGGUCCCCAUCUCUCCCUACUCUGUAAAGAAGCCAGCUCAUAUCACCCCCAUCCACCUGGAGGCUCCACCCAAAGAGGAAGGUGCCCCAGUGGACCAGAUGUAGAAGGGGCCCCCCUCCUCGCCACACCUUCCCCCCUCGGGAACAGACCUCCAGCCUAGCCUUAAACGCCCCUGUCUGCCCGCAGUCCCGCCUCCCGCCACUAAGGGGCACCACCGCCUGGAUGGAUAGUGGAGCAGUGUUGCAGAUGCUUCUGGGAUCUGUAGUUUUUUUGUAGUGGGAUUUUUGUUUGUUCUUUUAACACUGAACUACUGCUCCGUCCCAUUUCCUGUGCUUCACGGGAGGAAGAUGUCUACCUCUUAGGCCUGUCCCAUGCUCUAGCUGCAGCUGUGCUGCGUGGCCAGUCCACUUGUGGAUGCUCUUCUCCAGACAAUAGCAGGGACAGAGGCAUGGAUGGAAGGGGGAGGUCUGGGUGAAACCCCCAAUCUGUGUCUCCCUGACAACGGUUGGCCGACGUGAGAUGACGGGUAGGAAGGAAGG